AAAACAAUUUAGCUCUCUCUCUCUCUCUCUCUCUCUCUCUCUCUCUCUUAACUCAUCACAAGAACAGAGAUGGCAGCCUGCAUAUCUUCACCACCACCAUUCCUAUUUCAACUCUCUUCUGAUUUGUUCGGAAAUCGGCAAGCCAAACCCACUUCGAUUUCAUGGUCUUCUUCUCUUCCUCAGCUCAAUUUAUCCAUCAAUUCACUCUCAAACCCUUCAAACCCCAAACUCAACAAGGAAUUUAUUGUUCAAGCAGCCUGGACACGAAGGUCUCGAGGUGAAGCUGCAAAAAGACCUAACCGGAAAUCAUGGAAACAGAGGACAGAUAUGUAUAUGAGACCAUUUCUACUAAACGUUUUCUUUUCAAAGCGAUUCAUCCAUGCCAAAGUGAUGCAUCGGGGAACCAGCAAAGUGAUAUCAGUUGCAACUACAAAUGCCAAGGAUCUCAGGAACACAUUGCCUUCGCUCACUGAUGUCAAUGCCUGCAGAGUUGUAGGGAAGCUGAUUGCUGAGCGAUCGAAGGAAGCCGAUGUAUUUGCAAUGGCUUAUGAGCCAAAGAAGAAUGAGAGAAUUGAAGGGAAACUUGGAAUUGUUAUUGAUACCAUUAAGGAGAAUGGCAUUAUAUUUGUUUAAAUUUUUCUUUAGUUUUUGGUCUUUUCCUGUUAAUUGCUUCAUCUUUUUUCCUUGGCAAGGUAUUACUUUCUUUAUUAUUCUAGCUUAAGUGUUGUAGAUGUAUGUGUGUGAGAGAGGGAGAGAGAGAUGCUCGUGCCUUCUUAAUUUUCUCUUUGUGAAUUGAUGGUUUAGAUUUUGUCUGUUCAAUAUUAGGUUUGUGAGUGGAUAGACAAAUUUAAAUCUUAUAAUUUUUAGAAAGUGUCCAUGUGACACAAUUUAAAAGC